CCCUCAAUAUCAAGACCAACAUUCUCUACAUACAGAAAUCAUAAAAACAUUUGGAAGAGUUGGACCUAAUGCUGAGCCUAGAUUUAGAGAUGAAUUUGUCAUUCCACACUUGCACAAGUUAGCCUUGGUCAACAACCAGCAGUCGGUGGAUUCGAAGAGACUGGAUAUUGCCACUCACCUGUUUGAGUCCUACAGUGCUCUUUCCUGUUGUUUUAUUUCAGAGGAUUUAAUGGUCAAUCACUUUUUACCAGGACUUAAAUGUUUACGAACUGACAUGGAACAUCUCUCUCCAGAGCAUGAGGUUAUUUUAAGCUCUAUGAUAAAAGAGUGUGAACAGAAAGUGGAAAACAAGACCGUCCAAGAACCACAGGGCUCGAUGUCGAUUGCAGCGAGCCUUGUGAGUGAAGAUACAAAGACUAAGUUUUUGAACAAGAUGGGCCAACUGACCACAUCUGGUGCCAUGUUGGCUAAUGUGUUUCAGAGGAAGAAGUAAGAUGGGAAAAGGAGGUCACAGCUAACACUAAGGUGGAGAGACUGGUUCAGAGACUAAUCACAGAGACUGGUUCCUGUACUUGAAGUACUUGCCUUUUAAUUUCUUUUGUCUUAUGUUCUUGUAGUAUAAUUCUAUUCUAACCUCCAAAGAUAUUUGCACUGCUUUUGAAUAUCGCUGUGUAUCUGUUAAUUUUGGGUUAACUGUGGUUGAUAUAAAACUGAAAUCAUAGUCUGUACCAAGUCCCUGUUCUGUGUUCUUGUCUUUCCAGUAUUAUUUUUUUUAUAUAGUGGAGGGAUUUUUUUAUUUUCCGACAGGAUAUCAGCAAAUAUCUGUAUUAUACAUGGAGCUAUUAUGACGGUACGUAAUGUAAAUUUGAAGUCAUUGUCAUGAAGUAAUAAAAGUGAGAUUACUUAUGUAUUUAAAUUAUGAAAGAGUAAUGCAGAUUUUUUUAAUUAUGUUUCUAAAAAGAAGAGGAAGAGCCACCAGCAUUUGUCUGUGCUUCUAGGGUUGCUUUUGUAAGUAUUGUGCAUCUUGAAUCCAGAGGAAUUGCAGUGUCUAAUGUAUGAGACUGCUUGCACUGCAUCAGUCUGCAGGGAAUGCUCAUGUUUCAGAUGUUUUAUGCUGACGUUGUAAAUGCUGUACAAAGUCCUUCAGAUAAAAUUCUCACAUCUG